AUGAAUCUCGUAUUAUAAUCGAAAGAGAAGAACUUGGAGAGAAUGUUAGGAGGGUAAUGGGAGUGAAGCGCUUUACGAAUGAAAGCAGUAGAGAAGAUCAGAAAAAUGGUACUAGUCCAACAGGAACUUCUACAAAUUAUAGACAAGAGCAAGUUGCCUCUAGUGGUGAUAGAACACUUUAUAAUAGUGAUAUACCUUCACUAGGUAGAUCGAUUAAGAGCAGCCGAAGUGCACUGUUUAUGCCAUUUGGAGCUUCUGUUGAUACGAGUACCCCGAUUAAACCUGCCAAUCCAUCUAACCUAGUUACCACUGGUGAGAAUUAUACUAGUAAUGCAGAUCUGAGUGAUGAAUUGAACGUAAGUGAAGUAACUAAAAUUGUUGAACGAAUGGAGCUAUUAUCCAAUAGUUUAAAAAAAAUCCAAGAAAUUGUGGAAAAGCUGGGUAAUACUACACUAAGUGAAGAAGUGAUAGUUCAUGAGAGACAUUUCAAAAAGUUUAUGGAUUUUGUAGGAGAAAUUCUCGUAAAUAUUGGUACAAGAUUACCACAAAGUGAUUCUAAAAGCAUGUAUCUUGAACAAAAAUUGAAGGGAUUGGAAAAGAUGAAUGAAUCCUUAAAUAACAGUGUUCAAGAGUUAGAGAAAAAAGUAGAUAAACUUGAAAAAGAGAAUAAAGAUUUUCUAGCAGAAAAUGAUGAACUUAAGGAAAAACUUGCUACAGCGAAAGAAGAAAAGGAAUUGCUAUUUAAUAAAAAAGAAAAGAUGCAGGAAGUUAUAAAUGGGCUGAAUGAGAACAAUCAACGAUUAAUGCAAAAAAUAAAUGGGUUAGAAGAUGAUUAUGAGUAUUUGUUAAGAGCGGAAAAGACAAAAAGAGAAACCGAAGAUUCGUGUAUACAAGUGGAGGAUGCAGAUAUACCGGAAGGAAAAGCUGAGUUAUGUAAAGACUAUGAAAUUAAACUAGUAAAGCUGGAACAAGAGAUAGAUGCAAAAGGGAAACAAUGUGAGGAAUUGCUAUUAGAAAAUAGUAUAUUACGAGGAAAUAUAGAACGAUUAAAGGAAGAGAAUAAACGAUUAGAAGGCAUUGAAGAAAGCUUUAGUAUCGAUCCCUCACAUUUUUGCUCUGUAAAAAAUUUGCAUGAUGAGCUUAUUCUAGCUAAUGAACAGCCGGAAAAUAUUGAUAUAUCAAUCCAGGAUGAGAUGGAUUCAAAAGUUGCCACUGAGUCUGUGGGUGUUAAUGUAAAACAAGGUUAUAGUAAAAGGACUAGCAACCUAUCUCGAGUCUCUGAACAAAGUUCAGCAGUAAAAUCUCAAUUCUCAGAAGCAAGAGCUCAGAGUAGAAAGCAAAUAAUUUAUGCCUCUGCUUCUCUUAUAUUAUCUGGAGUAUUUGCUGUUGGCACAAGUUUAACAAUGUCUCAUUUAGGAAUAUCUAUUUCACUUGCUUUGACUGCAUUAACUUUCCUUACAUUGGGAUGUUAUUGUUCAUAUAAGGCAAGUACAACGCUUAGGAAUAUUGAACUUGAUCGAACUUUUAAAAUGGCUGAUCAUGAAGCUGUUUUUAUGGUUCCCAGCUUAUAACUAUGUGGAAAAAUAUAUUGUUUUACUCACCCCAAGAAAAGAGAUAAUGGGAAAGAUAAAAAGGUCUAUCAGUUCUCGGUGCGGCAGAUUAAUUUCUGACGGUGAUAUAGAGCAUUACUUAUUUCUCUAGAGAAUAGGGAAUUGGCGAAUAGAGUUCUAGGUGUAGAAGGAGAUAUAGAUGAAGAAAAGACCAGAUUUAGUAGAAAAAUAUAAGGGCUUCUUUGUAAAUGAUAGUAAGGGAACAGCAAAGUAGUUAUAUUAAGGGACUGGUUUUAUGUUCUGAACUCAGAUUUUCGUUAGGUUAUAAAAGAAGUAAUAUCGAGACCUUACUUUGAAAUUCCAGAUUAUCAGAGUACUUUGCUCUUCUGAAGUGAGUGAUGUUGGAAUACCUCUGGAUCGCAGUACUAAUAACCAAAAUUAAAGAGUAAAUAGUUUAUAAUUUAAGUAUUUAUA